CUAUCUCGCUGGUGGCUCGCUGGCCCCGCCCCCUCUCUGGAGCUGGGAAUGACAGUGAGGAAGAGGUCUCCGUUGGUGUCCGAGCACCGAGCAACAAGUCCGCCAGAGAAACACCGACAGAAAGUCCGCGAAGCGAACGGCGAAUAGGGCUCAGAGCGGCGCUGUGACCCGGCAACUUCCCGGGGAUUGAGUCGUGAGACAGAGGCGGAGGUCGGGCUGAAGCAGGGCGGCUCGCUGACGGGCCAAACCGACCCAAGUGUCCGAGUUUAGGCUGUGAACGGAGCCGUUCCGCCCCGGAUCCCUGCCGCUCGAGUGAGAGAAGCAGGAAAACACAAAGAGGCUCGGGAGUGAGCUAAAGUUGGCCAGCUGUCAGUGAGACAAACUCCAGGCUGGGGGAGAGGUGACGGUGUCAUGGCUGCCUUCUUCACCGACUUGCCCUCCUAAACAUCUCGCUAACAUAACCACCGUAGAAGCUGCCCGUCUGAGGAAUCGAAUCAAACGCACCCAGUACAAGACCUGCGUGCAUGCGAGGGAUGACGACCUCCCAUCUGAACGGCCAUGUUGCUGGAGAGGGAGGAGGAGGAGAUGAAGAGGCGAGGGGAGAACAGCAGCACCGAGAAAUGGCCGUGGACUGUCCGGGAGACCUGGGCAGCCGAACGCUGCCUCUGCGGCGCUCCGCUCAGCUGGAGAGGAUACGACAGCAUCAGGAGGACCUUCGGCGUCGUAGAGAAGAGGAGGGUCGGCAGCUGGAUCUGAACGCCUCACUCAGACUCAGGAACCUCUCCCAGAAUCCCUACAGUGGGAUCGACAACCCCACAUUCCUGCAAGACACACCGCAGCUGCCAGCGCUCAGCAGCCAGCACACACACGCGCUGCUGGAGUUGGAGGAGCUGCUGCUGUCGCUGAAGCAGGUCCGGGGCAGCCUGUCGGACCAGCAGAGUCAGAAUGACGUCGAGUUGGUCCUCGCUCUGCUGAACAAGUCGGACUUCCAGUCGGCGCUGAAGAUCCACAAUGCCGUGGCCAGCAGCAUGCACCGACCGUCUCCACCGUACCCCCACACGCAGCAGGCGCUUCCACUCGCCAUGGAGGUCAGGAACCUCCUACAGGCGUGCCACAAUAAAGAAGGCCUGGAGCUGCACAGCCUGCUGUCAGACACACAUCUGCAGUCGUUGCUUCUGACCCAUGACAGCAUAGCAGAGAUGGAGAUGCAGCCGGAGCCGCUGCCCGCCGAGGGCGAGAUGCUGACGCAGUGGGGAGGAGAGACGGUGAAGAUUGUUCGCAUCGAGAAGGCCCGAGACAUCCCUCUGGGGGCGACUGUGCGGAAUGAAAUGGACAGCGUGGUGAUCAGUCGGAUCGUUCGCGGCGGCGCGGCUGAACGAAGCGGGCUUCUGUCUGAAGGAGACGAAAUCCUGGAGAUUAACGGCAUCGAGAUCCGAGGCAAAGACGUCAACCAGGUGUUUGACAUCCUGGCCGACAUGCACGGCCUCCUGACCUUCAUGCUGAUUCCCAGCAAUCAGAGCAAACCUCCUCCCGUCAAAGAGAGUGUGGUCCACGUGAAGGCUCAUUUCGACUACGACCCCUCGGACGACCCCUAUGUGCCGUGCAGAGAGCUCGGCUUGUCCUUCCAGAAGGGAGAUAUCCUGCACAUCAUCAGCCAGUCCGACCCCAACUGGUGGCAGGCGUACCGGGACGGAGACGAGGAUAACCAGCCGCUUGCCGGCCUGGUGCCAGGGAAGAGUUUCCAGCAGCAGAGAGAAGCCAUGAAGCAAACCAUAGAAGAAGACGAGCCCGAGAAGUCCGGGAAGCUCUGGUGUGGGAAGAAGAACAAGAGGAAGAGGAAGAAGCUGCUGUACAACCCUCACAGGAACGACGAUCUUGAUAACGAAGAAAUUCUCACCUAUGAGGAGAUGGCGCUGUACCACCAGCCGGCCAAUAGGAAGCGUCCGAUUGCUCUGAUUGGUCCGAGCGGCUGUGGGCAGGAACAGCUCAGGCAGCGGCUGCUCAACAGUGAACCAGAGCGCUUCGCUGGAGCUGUACCUCACACGACACGGAGCCGUCGCGAGGGCGAGCAGAGCGGUCGGGACUAUCACUUUGUUUCUCGGCAGACCUUCGAGGCUGAGCUGGCGGCGGGGAAGCUGAUCGAGUCCGGAGAGUUCGAGAAGAAUCUGUACGGGACGAGUACGGAUUCAGUGAGACAGGUCAUCAACACCGGGAAAAUCUGCGUGCUCUGUCUGCACACACAGGCUCUGAAGGUGCUGAGGAGUUCAGAUUUGAAGCCUUACAUCAUCUUCAUAGCUCCUCCCUCCCAGGAACGACUUCGAGCCUUAUUGGCUAAAGAAAACAAAAACCCCAAGCCCGAGGAGCUGCGUGACAUCAUCGAGAAGGCACGUGAGAUGGAGCAGGGCUGCGGUCACCUGUUCGACUCCAUCAUCGUGAACACGGAUCAGGACAAAGCUUUCACCGAGCUGCUGAGACUCAUCAACAAGCUGGACACGGAGCCGCAGUGGGUGCCCUGCUCCUGGCUGCGCUGAACACACGCACACACACACACAGCUGGAGCUCGGGGUCGGCGUCAGGACAGAAAUCAUCUGAGAUUUUGAAUCAAACUGGAUCAUAACUGUUCGUGUUUGUUAUUAAGGGUAGAACGAGUCCUGCGAGCUGAGCGAAAAUAAAAACAAUAAAAUCAUGAAUGACUAACGAGGCGGAGUAACGUCACACAUCACAACCAGCUCAAAUUAUUUCUGUUAUCUUAGUGGGAACAUGAACAAUCUGGUUUCUCACCAAUAAAAAUGUGUCUCGGCAUUAAGCUCCUCCUCCCCGCAGCGCCUCAGUGUCCCAGCAGGGGGCGGGCCUCACAGCCUGUAGUAUCGCUGCCGCUCGAUUGUUGUGGUUCACAUUUCAGCGUUCAGACGGAGUUGUUCACUCACAUUUUUAGAGACGCAGCGCUCCGUGCCCUGCCCCACUGAGGCAUUCUGGGAUACCUGAGGGCGAGCAGGCUGGGAGCAGCGAGUUUAUAAUCCUUUUUUUGUUUUUUUUUCACGACACAAACGGAAACUUUUGACCUUCUGCUCACUUUGUUCUCGUUUUUAAACGUUUUGCUGGAAUAUUUAUUGUGUAAAUCGACACUGACGUCGCUGCAUUAAAAACUUUGUUUUGGAAAGAUUCUGAGCGUCUUUCCAGCUUUAUUCUGAAAGUCUCAGAUGUUUGUUUCCUGUCGCUGACUCUGAAUCAGUUUAUGAACACACUCUGACGUCAGACUGUUUCGGGAUGUCGUGUUUUUCUUGGAGUCGUGUUCGUGUUGGACCUCGCCGCUGUCGGUGCCGCCUCGUCGUCACUUCGUCUGUUUUUAAUGUUUGUUUUUGUUUGUUGUAUAAACACACCCACCUGUCCAGGUGAGGCUCUUCAGGAGGAAAUGUGAAGCUCAAACACUUUGGCGGCUGACUCCGCCCCCUCGGCCGGGCUGAGAGCGCAGACUUCCUGUCUGACUGACUUUUACUGCACUUGUGAUUGUUUUUGUAUCAGCUGAUUCUGUUUGACCUUUGACCCGGCGGCCUGCAGGUGUGUGUGUGUGUGUGUGACACUCUGAGCUGAAGUAGAGCUUUUAUAUAUUUGUAAAAUAGAUUUAUGAAGACCAGAAUGCACCAAUAGGAGUGCAGCUUUUUCGCCCUCAUCCCCUGCUAUUGGUCCAGGAGGAAGAAAAGAGGAGGGGGGCGGGGCUAGCUGUACUGAAUGUAAUUGAUUCCACUUCCUGUUUCUCACUUCCUCCUGAGAGAAAACUUUGUAUGAAUAUUCACCACGAAGACACGAAUAAUGAAUAAAAUAGAUCAUCAGUA